GAAUUUCUACAUACAUAAAAAAAAAAAAAUAAUUAAAAAACUCUUGUGGCUGUCGUCAGCACUAGUUUCAUUAAAAAAAUUAAAUCUCUCAUCAUUAAAUGGCGAUUGCUUUGCAGCCAUUUAAAUUCAAAAAUAUUGAGAAUCUAUUAGGAACACAGGAUAGGCAAGGAGGUACUUAUUCUGAUCAUGAUACACUUGUAAAAACAUUCUGUUGCCUUGAUACAAUUCAGACAAUAUUUUCACGAAAGUCACCAAAACCGACUACUUUCUAUUAACCGAGUAAAAUGCUGAAGAAGAAGUUAUUUGACAGCAACAGUAUUUGUUUUUGUGUACAUUGAAAAAUUUAACAACAACAAAAUGUGCUAGAUCAAUGUACUCUUGACAUUAUCAACUAAUUAAAUAAUCAAGUCAAUUAUUAAAAAUAUGUUUAAUAACAAAUUAAUAAUAAAUAUUUUAUAAAUGUUAAAUUAAAAAACAAUUAUCAUUUUUGACAUGUCUGUUUCUGAUGGAUUAAAAAUGAGUGCUGGUGUAAACAAAGGUGAUCAAGAACAACAGUUAAGUUUAACAAAAAAAGAUGCAACAACAAGUGAACAAAGUAUUUCAAGUUUAUUGUCAACUGGAUCUGGAAGUGAUGAGUAUUUUAAAGCACCAAGACAUGCUGACAAUAGUCUUAAAAUCAUGGAAGAAUAUUUACAUCAACAGCAAUUGACUGACAUUACACUAAUUGCUGGUGAAAAACGUUUUCCAGUUCAUCGUUUAGUUCUCAGUGCAGCAUCUGAAUAUUUUGCAGCAAUGUUUCGAAGUCCAUUGAGAGAAUCAAAUCAACAAGAAAUUGAAUUAAAAGAAGUUGAUCCAGAUGCAGUAUGGUUACUCAUCCUCUACUGCUACAAAGGUUCCAUAGAAUUGAGAGAAGAUUGUGUUGAGACACUAUUAGCAACAGCAAGUCUUUUUCAAAUUGAAGCAGUGGUAAAAGCUUGUUGUCAAUUUUUAAUAAAACAACUUCAUCCAUCAAAUUGUCUGGGUAUCAGUAUGUUUGCUGAUGCCCAAGGUUGUACAGAUCUUCAAAGUGUAUCUCACACAUAUACAACUGAACAUUUUAUGGAAGUUAUGAAGAAUCAAGAAUUUUUAUUACUAUCAAGUUCAGAUGUUGCAAAAUUAUUUGAAUCAGAUAAUUUAAAAAUACCAUCAGAAGAAACUGUAUUUAAUGCAUUAAUUAAUUGGCUUGAAUAUGAUUUAACAAAUCGUAAAAAAGAUGCUAGUAAAUUAUUAUCACUUGUUAGAUUACCAUUAUUAUCACCAGUAUUUAUUGCUGAUCAUAUACAUGACAAUGAAAUAUUUAAAAAUGAUAAAAAUUCACAAGAGUUAAUAAUGGAAGCAAUGAAAUAUCAUUUGUUACCUGAACGACGUCCACUUUUACAAACAAGUCGUACAAAACCUAGAAAAGCAACUGUUGGAAGAAUAUUAGCUGUUGGUGGUUUUGUUCAUAACAAAGGUGAUACAACAAUUGAUGUAUUUUCACCAUCUGAUAAUUUAUGGAAAAAUUUAACAAGUAUGAAAAGUGGACGUUUACAAUUUGGUGCUGCUGUUGUUGAAUCAAAAUUAAUUGUCGUUGGUGGUAGAGAUGGUCUUAAGACACUUAACACUGUUGAAGAAUUAGAUUUUACAACAAUGAAAUGGACAACAUUACCAUGCAUGAAUACAAAUCGACAUGGACUAGGUGUUGCUGUACUUGGUGGACCACUUUAUGCUGUUGGUGGUCAUGAUGGUUGGAGUUUUUUACAAACUGUUGAAAGAUGGGAUCCAAAUACACAAGAAUGGAGCUACAUUGCACCAAUGCCAUAUGCAAGAUCAACUCAUGGUGCUGCAGUUCUUAAUGACAAAUUAUAUGUAAUUGGUGGUAGAGAUACACAUUCAUGUUUGAAUACAGUUGAAUGCUAUGAUCCACAUACAAACAAAUGGACAAGCUGUUCUUCAAUGGCCAAUUGUCGUGGUGGUGUUGGAGUUGGUGUUGCAAAUGGUUGUCUAUAUGCACUUGGUGGAUAUGAUGCAACAGCUAAAGGCUCAAAUGCCUGUAGAUAUAGCAGUGUUGAAAGGUAUGAUCCAAAAACAGACACCUGGACAAUGGUAGCACCAAUGAGUCUUGCACGUGAUGCAAUUGGUGUUUGUUUAUUGGGUGAUCAGCUUGUUGCUGUUGGUGGAUAUGAUGGACAACAAACAUCAACAAUUUGUGAGGCAUAUGAUCCAAUCCAAAACGAGUGGCAUCAGGUUCCACCACUUGCUGAGGGAAAAGGAAGAGCUGGCCCUUGUGUUACCAUCAAAGAUCCAAUAUUCUAAAAAAUAUAAAAUUAGUGGUAAAUUAUUUUUUAAUUAUUUAUAAAUAUUUUUUAAUU